AUGGCCAAUUACUUCCAGCCUUAUGCCAGCUGCAGCCCAUCGGCUGAGAAGGAUUCUUAUGUAUACAAAAUCGUACCUUGCAGUGGACAAAAUCUUGCUGGAAUCACAUCGGCUGACGAAGUAUUCGUGGUCAACUCUGGCUCACUGGAUACAGCCUCAGGCAUUCUUCUACCCUCGCCGCCGUCGCAAAUUACGUGUCUGGUUCCGUCAGAUGAUGGCAGAGCCGUCAUCUGCUCCGGGAAAGAUGAGGUCUGCGUCUUUGAUCUAAGGUCUUAUGAGAGAACUACCACUUUCAAGGUGGGUAAGGCAGUGACGGCGCUGGCUUGUAAGGGUACCAGUCUUGCAGUUGGUACCGAAUACUUGAAUCAUCAAGCUGUCGUCAGCGUUUGGGACUUGCGACAACCUUCUGCUGCAUCAUGGUCAAAUGCGGAAAACCACGACGAUAUCACUGCCAUCGACUUCCACCCUAGCAAAUCCAAUAUAGUUCUCGCUGGUGGAGAUGACGGACAAGUCAGCAUCUUCGACUCGCUCAUUGCCGAAGAGCAGGACAGCCUGGUGCAAGGAUUCACCCAUGGCCCAAUCCAUAAAGCUGGCUUUCUCGACCAAAACUCAAUGUACGCCCUGAGCUCUGAUCAGAACCUUGCUCUCCAUCCAGUCUUCGACGAUGCUCGGGUCGAAGAGCCGACUCCUAUGCUGCUAGGUGACCUUCGACCUGUGAUACCCUGCGAGUAUGUCAUUGACGUGCUGCGAACCGAAUCGGAGUCUGUGGUCGCGGCUGGUUCACACAGCAUGUCGCAGGUUGAUAUGGUACCCAUCGGAUCUGCAGGCUCGCUGGACCUCAACAAUCGCAUCAUUCUUCAAGGUACGCAUGGGGAAGAGAUUGUGCGGUCCAUCUUCGUGAAGGACAAUAUGAUCUUCACAGCUGGCGAAGACGGCAGAGUGCAAGCGUAUCGUGCAAGCAGCUCACAGAGCACGCAAAAACCUACCAAGACCAAGAAAGAGAGCCGAUAUAAACCCUACUAG